GGACUGCAAUUAGCUAAACUAAGAAGUGGGGGACAACGCUUCAGACCGAAGUCCCGUCCGCUCCGUUUGGGCUACUUUAUUUUAAUCGCAGUAUUUAUAUUUUUACGCCUAUAAUUAAAGGACGCGUUGAGGAUUCCGUAAAGAAAGCCGACAAUUAAUCUAGCUAAUUUGUAUCCAAAUGGAUGAUUAAAUGUUGUUCUGCCAUAGGUAUAGUCGUUGUAGGUAAUAUUCAAAUAGAUAUUUUUGGUAAACGUACAUACGUUUUAAAAGCGAAACUUUUCUAAUUAAAGUUGUCUUUUAAAUACUUAUAGACCUACUACAGGGUUAUAGCCUACCCUUGUAGUCCAGAAAGUUUCUCUCGGCUAUUCAAUGGGCUACAUGAUGGUGUGACAUGAAAUGAAAGAUUAAGUGUACCUUUCAUCUCAGCGACAUAUGAAGAAUCUUCAUUUAUGCAUGCGGGGAAGAACCAGGAACCACCAACUUCACUUCUUGUUGCCAGUUAAAGGCGGUGCAGAGAUUGAGCAACUACUCGGCCAUCGGACGAGCGUGCUGGAUUGUCUUAACUGUCUUGUGAUUUAAUUUUUCCACGACUAACCGUUUCUGCAAGCUUUCCUCGAGCCUACUCAUUUUUAGUCGUUGGAAUACAGUUUUCUGGUGGACCAGAUCGAACAUGCACCACAAUGGUAACGGUAAGGAGAAAGAAUCUGAACCUCCAAAGGAGAAACCCGAGUGUCAACCGGCAGCGAGUGACAGCGCCGCGCGCAGCGCGGACAGAGACAGCAGUCCCACUCACUUCACGCUGCCCUGCGUUGCCAAGCCGGAGUUCAAGCGUAAUGCUGUGACGGACGACUACAAGAUCUCAAGUCAAGUACUUGGCUUGGGUAUCAAUGGAAAAGUACUGGAAUGCUACAACAAGAAAACGGGGGAGAAGUGCGCCCUGAAGAUUUUAUAUGACAGUCCUAAGGCUCGACGGGAGGUUGAGCUUCACUGGAGGGUUACUGGGGGCCCCUACAUUGUUAAAAUCCUCAGCCUCUAUGAGAAUAUGCAUCAGGGGAAGAAAUGCCUUCUCAUCAUUAUGGAAUGUAUGGAGGGGGGCGAGCUCUUUAGCCGGAUUCAGGCUCGGGGAGACCAGGCCUUCACCGAGAGAGAGGGAUCUCACAUUAUGUCUCACAUCGGAACGGCCAUCGAGUUUCUCCACAACAUGGACAUCGCUCACAGGGACAUCAAGCCAGAGAACCUGCUGUACACCACAAAGCAGAGCAACUGCAUUCUCAAGCUGACUGACUUUGGCUUCGCCAAGGAGACCACGCUACACAACCCCCUACAGACGCCCUGCUACACACCCUAUUAUGUAGCUCCUGAGGUGCUGGGCCCAGAGAAGUAUGACAAAUCAUGUGACAUGUGGUCUCUGGGUGUGAUCAUGUACAUCCUGCUGUGUGGCUUCCCCCCAUUCUACUCCAACACGGGCCAGGCCAUCUCGCCGGGCAUGAAGCGCCGCAUCCGCAUGGGCCAGUACGAGUUCCCCAACCCCGAGUGGGCCGACGUGUCCCAGGAAGCCAAACAGCUGAUCCACCAGCUAUUGAAAACCGACCCCAAUGAGCGAAUGACCAUCACCCAGUUUAUGAACCACCCCUGGAUCAGCCAGUCGACGGUGGUGCCCCCGACGCCACUUCACACUACCCGGGUCCUGAGAGAGGACAAAGAGCUGUGGGAUGACGUGAAGGAGGAGAUGACCAGUGCCCUGGCCACCAUGCGGGUGGACUACGACCAGGUGAAGAUCAAGGACCUGGACACCUCCAGCAACCCUCUGCUCAACAAGAGACGCAAGAAAGCCGCGGCGGGAGGGAAGAGGGGCAGCACUGUGUGUAACAACCAGUGAGAGACCACAGGAAAACACACAGGGCUGUGAUUAAGGGCUGGGUGUUACCAGGGAAGGUACGCUAGCUUGGAUUAAGGAUAAGGAACCGGUUGAGUGCAAGCCAAGCCUUUUAAUUCAGUUGCUGAAGAUGGAUUUGAAGAUGAAAUGAUUUGUCUUUAAGACUGAAAUUAUUUGCCUCUCGUACACUAUUUUUCCUUUAUUUUAGUGUGUGUGUGCGUGUGCGUGCGUGCAUAUGUAAGUGAGUGUACAUGUGUAUGUUUGUGUAUAUGUAUGGGUUUUUCCAAAAAAAGGAACUGUGCUGGAAUGAAUUUCAUUCUUAUUCAAAAAGCACAUGGAUCACAAUAUUAAUGUUUUUCAUUUCUCCUAUCCAUGAAAAUGAAUGUAAAAUAUAUCUUAAGGGAUAAAGGGAAAUCUCUACUUGUCCAAUCUGAAUCAUUUGUAUCUUAUUGUUAGUGUUGUCUUAUGGUCAGUUUUUCAGGAAUUAAAACAUUUCUUGAGAUUUUGCACCAUAUCUU